AUGGAGGACCCGCCCGAGUUUUACCGAAUCAUGUCUCUCCGCCUGUCGAGGGCGUUGGGCGAAAUCGGCGUCAACAGUUGGAUGGUGAGGAAAAGAAGGAGAACUUUUCUAAUGCUAGAGGCGGAAGGGACGAUAAGUGGUAAUCUACAAGGAUUCAAUUCUACCAAAUUCUUUUUCGGAAGCCAGUCAGAGGGAACAACAACGCCGGGCCUUAACUCCGAUGUUGACAUAUUAAACUGCGAACACGACAUCAAUAUUAUGACCGCAUUGUCUGAAUGGACGGCAGGGAUGGAAAACUAUCUGAUGAUAAAGGAGGAGAAGUGCUCUCCACAACAUUAUCUUCUACAAGAGAUCAGGCAAGACUCACCUGAACCUGCCGUAAAUCCAAGUAAUAUGUUUAGUGUAGUUGACAUAAAUGGUCGUGUAUUACAUGCCAACACAGAAGCUAGAUUUAUCAUGAAACUAAUUUCGGAAGGAACUAAUUUGCCUUAUUACUCCAGUGGUCCAUCUCAUAGUGUUAAUAAAAUGUUUGACAUGGUUAAAGCGUAUCGGAGGAGAUCACUCCCACCAGAAUGUCUCGAGUGGUUUGAACGGCCAAGGCCCGGUCACUGGCCGCCACCAGGAUUGUUCAGAGAAGUCAGGGAGUGUGGGUGUUUUCUUGUUCCUGAUGGACACUUUGACAGCCUUGACAAAGAUGUGGAAUGGAGAAUUUCACCUAGUCUAAUUGAAAGGACACUGAUGUUCAGCAUGAAAACAUUACAGCUUAAGUGUUAUGUGGUCCUAAAGAUUCUCAAAUCUCACUUCAUCAACCCCUGUUUAAAUAAUAUCGGAAAAUUGACAAGCUUUCACUGCAAAACUGCACUCUUUUUUGCCGCGGAAGGGAUGCCGCCCGGAAUAAAUAUACUGUCUCUGUUUGAAAGUUCCUUACAUAGUGAUGUGGCCUCAUCAAGACUCAAGUUGGUUUCUUUUUUCUUCUGUCAUAAUGAGCUUGAAAGAGCAGCUGACGUGCUGAAUGAUGUUGAACGUAGAUAUGACGAUAGCGUGCAAGCUGUUUGUGGAUGUGGAAACAUGGAUCCUUUUAAAACAGAACAUCACAAACCACUGUGCACUACCAGUGUUCUUGAUAACGAUGAUGUCCUCUUAACAAACAAAACCGCAUUAUGUGUUCGCUACUUGGGACAUGAAGCCUCCUGUGCUCCACCGAUAUUGCGCUACGAGAUGGUGAGGGGAAUUGGCGAGGAUAUCAAUCAUAGAAAUCUCAAUGAACAAAAAUGGAUGAAGUGGGCCGUUGUGGACGCCCUGCCCUACCUCUACUAUCUGCAGUACCUGACAUUCCGCGGUCUUGGUCAACGAGUAGGGCGACUACAAGCAAUCAUCAACUUAGGAAACUGCAUUCUUGACAACAGCUCUUAUUCCCAGAUCUACCAUGAGGCGACGUUUGGCAACCUUUUGGGGGCACUGCUUUGA